AUGGCGGGCCAGUUCCGCAGCUACGUGUGGGACCCGUUGCUGAUCCUGUCGCAGAUCGUCCUCAUGCAGACCGUCUAUUACGGCUCGCUGGGCCUGUGGCUGGCGCUGGUGGACGGGCUGGUGCACAGCAGCCCCUCGCUGGACCAGGUGUUCGACGCCGAGAUCCUGGGCUUUUCUACCCCUCCAGGACGGCUCUCCACGAUGUCCUUCGUCCUCAACGCCCUCACCUGUGCCCUGGGCUUGCUGUACUUCAUCCGGCGAGGGAAGCAGUGUCUGGAUUUCACGGUCACUGUCCAUUUCUUUCACCUCCUGGGCUGCUGGCUCUACAGCUCCCGUUUCCCCUCGGCGCUGACCUGGUGGCUGGUCCAGGCCGUGUGCAUUGCGCUCAUGGCUGUCAUCGGGGAGUACCUAUGCAUGCGGUCGGAGCUCAAGGAGAUCCCCCUCAACUCAGCCCCGAAGUCCAGUGUGUAG